AUGGCUAAAAUGAAUUGUUACGAGUAUUAUACAGCUAUGGAUCCUCAAGCCACCUAAGUUUUCUAAGUAGAAGGGGAACUCCAUAUUAAAGAGCUGUUUCAUCGCUUAAUAAAGAAAGUCAUAGAUAAAGCAUAAGAAAAUGAAAUCCUCAGAAAGUUGCCUACUGUCUCUGCCUCUAAUUCAUUAAAUCUUUUGGUAAUGCCUUUAGCACAGGCCUUCUAUAAACCUGAAAACCCUAUAAAAGACGUUCAAAGUGGUGGGUUAGAAGAGGACUUCGAACCUUUACACAUCUAACAUGAAUAAUGGCUGACAUCUAAAAUUAAUAUGGAGAUUAAACCUGAAAUUAGGCCUGGUACUUGUUAAACAUCAAGUCCAAGGACAUUUGCAAAAUCUAGAAUUUAAGAUUAAACAUCACUAAUCAAAGAAAAGAAAUAGUUGGAUCCUAUGCCUAUAGACUUAGUUGAUCCAUUAGACAUUAGUAUAACAGAAGAGUAAUUGAGAAAUGAAAAAGAAAGACAAACAAAAGAGAAAUUAGAAUUGAAUGAAGCAGAAAAAAGAAGAAAGCUUAAAGAAGAGAAAGAAGAAUAAUUAAAAUAUGAAUUGAUGGCAAAAGAUAAGAAAUCAAAAUAAUAUACGUAUGAUUAUGAUGGCAAGCUGAUAUCUGUAAAUCCAGCUAAAGGAACUAAAUUGCCACUUCCUGCUUCUACUUUGGCAUCCAAAUUUGAAGAAGAUCAAGCCGCGAAAGUAAAUCCAAAAAAGAAAUACAAUAAGGUUCCUUGGAAUAAUAAAAAAACAGAUGAUGAGAAGGAUAAGGAAAAGGAUACAUUCAAAUUUAAUUAGAUAGCUCCUUUAGUUGUAGAGAAUAUGAAUUUAUAACCAGGAAUUGUAGUUAUUCAUGAGGGUAGAAUAAAAGAAGGCACUAGACCAACUACUGUGGAUUUAUAAAAUAUGAGCAAUCCUGCACUAAGAAUGGCAAGGAAUGAAUAUCUUAGUCUUACUCAAUAAAUGAAUUCCUCAAUUAACCAAAAUGUCUAAAUGAAAGCAGAAGAUAAGCCAAUCAAAGAGCUGGAUAAAGGCAAGGGAUUCAAUUAUGAUAGAUUCAAGAGAUUGAGUCAGUAAACUAAUAUUUAAUUGGGAGUUAUAAAAAUCAACUCAACUAAAAUAUUUGAACAAUUGGCAUAAGCCUAUUUUGAAGAAGCUGAAGAAUUACCGAAAAUUGUUAAUUAACAAACGCAAACAUCUAAAAGUUAUUAAGAAAACACUUCAAAGGGGAUAAAAAGUCCAGUUGAUUAAUUUAAUUUAUCCUUAUAUAAAAAUAAUGUUGUGGGUAGAGAUCAACAAAAUGAAAUUGGAAUAAAUUAUGAAAAGUUAAAAACACAAAAGGCUAAUUCAAGAGAUUUGAAAUCCUCUAUUGGUUCAAGAACCAAUAGACCUAGAGAAAGAAAAAUGUAAUCAGAAUAAAGCACUCUACCUACGGUAAGGAGUCAAAAAGUCUUUAAAUUAUGA